ACCCAAAGCUGAUUUUGGGGUGCAACGGCAUGAAAACUUAACCCCAUAUUCAAGCUGCUGCUCAUGCUGUUCCUGGUCUCUGUGAGGAAUAAAGAACUAGCUAGGAAACCAGCUUCAGCAUCUGAGGAAAAGUGACCGUGAGGCGACCCCAAGGCAAAGAAAGAGGCCCGGGGAAGGGUCUACUUAGAGAAGCCGCCCCUCCUCUGCAGAUUCAAACAGGAAACGGUCACGCAACUGAGCGCUCGGCGUGUCUAAUUGCUCAACCUCUGCUCUGACUGCGAUCCUCAUUCGACGCUCUUUUCUGUUCUGGCCGCGUGGGAGAGCAGCAGCGCAUCGCCCCCGAGAACUCUUUCCUUGACUGGUCUGGAGCACACAGAUGAGGAUGCAGAAUUGGGAAGGCAGUGGAAGGGCACCGGUGCCACAUUCUGAAUCUUCUCUUUUUGGGGAUGGAGUAAAAGCAGCCCCUGUGAAGCCACAGGAUCUGGUGUCCUUUGAUGAGGUGGCUGUGUAUUUCACCGAGGGGGAGUGGGCCCUGCUGGAUGCAGACCAAAGGGUGCUGUACAAGCAAGUCAUGUUGGAGAAUUAUGAGAACGUGGUCUCUCUGGAAAUUAGCAAACCUGACCUCGUCUCCCGGCUGGAAGAAGGGGAAGAUUGGUUCGCCUCGAGCUCCGACGAAGAAGAGAAAGCAUCAGGUGAUGAAAAAGACAGUGAGGAUUAUAUGAAACUGUGUGAGUUUUUGUUGGAAACUGAUUCUGAUGAAGUGGAGGAAGAGAUCUCCAGGCAUCACAAGGGAUCAAGGAGGCAGGAGGUAAACCAAGGUUUCUGCUGUGAAAUGCCAGCCCUACAAGAGUAUCGCAAAGGCAAGGGAGGAAAUCAAUGCUGUGUUUGUACAAAAACUUUCAGCCAUAAAUCAAGCCUUAAGAUGCAUCAGAAAAUUCACAUGAGAGAGAAAUCUGAUAAAUGUGUAGAAGAGGAAAAGAGUGUCAGUCAAGGCACACACCUUAUUUCACAUGGAAGAGCCCAUCCAGCAGAGAAUGGUGAGAGUCAGGGUGGCUCAAACUCUCGCGAUGAAAACCAAACAAAGAAUAAGAGGAAAAAAUCCAGUACAUCUCAGGAUAAGACUUCUAUGUCAUGCCAACCAAACAAGAAAAAAAUUAAUGGAAAGAGUAGGCGUCCACGCCAGGUAUGUGAAAAGUCUUUCAGUGAGAAGUCAAAGCUUAAAAGAAAUGAAAGAAUCCACACCAGAGAGAGAGCAUACAAAUGUUUGGAGUGUGGCAAGAGCUUCAGGAAGAGUUCCUACCUUACUUCACAUAAUAGAAUCCAUACUGGCGAGAAACCAUACAAAUGUUCAGAUUGUGGAAAGAGCUUCCGUAUGAAAAAAUGUCUUAUUUCACAUCGAAGAACUCACACAGGAGAGAAACCAUACAAAUGCUCAGAGUGUGACAAGAGCUUCAGUCAGAGCUCAGCUCUUAAGAACCAUGAAAGAAUUCACAGUGGGGAGAAACCGUAUAAGUGCUUCGAGUGUGGAAAGGGCUUCAGUGAAGGAAGAAGCCUUACUGAACAUCAAAGAACCCACACUGGGGAGAAACCUCAUGAAUGCUUGGAGUGUGGAAAAAGCUUCAGUCAAAGUAGAGCCCUCAGUGCACAUCAAAUUAUUCAUACAGGGGGAUACCCAUUUAAAUGCUUGGAGUGUGGAAAGGGCUUCAGUCAAAGUAGAGCCCUCAGUGCACAUCAAAUUAUUCAUACAGGGGAAUACCCAUUUAAAUGCUUGGAGUGCGGAAAGGGCUUCAGUCAGAGGGGAGCCCUCACUGUACAUCAAAGAACCCACACUGGGGAGAAACCAUAUGAAUGCUUGCAGUGUGGGAAGAGCUUCAGUCAGCGCUCAAACCUUAAUGAACAUAACAGAAUCCAUAAUAGGGAGAAACCACAGAAAGGAUUGAUGAGUUCUUCUGAAAAAUCAAGCCGUACUUCACACCAUAGAAUCCAUACAGGGAAGAAACCAUAUAAAUGCUUGGAGUGUGGAAAAAGCUUCAGUCAGAGAGUAAAUCUCACUACACAUGAACGAAUACACUCAGGGGAGAAACCAUACAAAUGCUUGGAAUGUGGGAAAAGCUUCAGACAAAAUUCCAACCUUGCUUUACAUAACAGAAUCCAUACUGGGGAGAAACCAUAUAAAUGCUCGGAGUGUGGAAAGAGUUUCCGUGUGAGCACACAACUUACUUCCCAUCAAAGAAUUCAUACAGGAGAAAAACCAUACAAAUGCUCAGAGUGUGGCAAGAACUUCAGUCAGCGCUCAGCCCUUAAAUUGCAUGAAAGAAUUCACACAGGGGAGAAACCAUAUGAGUGCUUGGAGUGUGGAAAGCACUUCACUGAACAUAAAACCUUUCGUAAUCAUCAAAGAACUCACACUGGGGAGAAACCAUAUAAAUGCCCAGAGUGUGGAAAGAGCUUCAGUCAAAGCUCAGCCCUUGCUACACAUAAAAGAAUCCAUACAGAAGUGAAGCCAUAUAAAUGCCUGGAGUGUGGAAAGAGCUUCAGAAUGAGAGGGUUUCUUAAUUCUCAUCAAAAAAUCCACACUGGAGAGAAACCACAUCCGUGUUUGGAGUGUGGAAAGAGCUUCCGUCGUAAGCAAAGCCUUAUUUUCCAUCAGAGAAUUCACACAGGAGCAAAACCAUUUGAAUGCCUGGAAUGUGGAAAGAGCUUCAGAAUGAAAACAACCCUUGUUUCUCAUAAAAAAACCCACAGUGGGGAGAGACCCUAUGAAUGCUUUGAAUGUGGAAAGAGCUUCAGUCACAGCAUGAGCCUGAGAGCACAUCAAAGAACUCACACAGGGGAGAAACCGUAUAAAUGCUUGGAGUGUGGAAAGUGCUUCAGGCAGAGCUCACAUCUCCUUCAACAUAAAAAAGUUCAUACAGGAGAAAAACCAUAUACAUGCUUGGAGUGUGGAAAGAGCUUCAGUAACAGCUCAAGUCUGAAAUCACACGAAAGGAUUCAUACAGGAGAGAAACCAUAUAAAUGCCUGGAGUGUGGAAAGAGCUUCAGUCAAAGCUCCAACCUCAUUUCGCAUCAAAGAAUUCACACGGGGGAGAAACCAUAUAAAUGUGCAGAUUGUGGCAAAAACUUCUGUCACAAAUCUGGCCUCAUAAGACAUCGGCGAACCCACACAGGGGAGAAACCGUACGCGUGUUCCGAGUGUGGGAAGAGCUUCAGUCAGAGGCAGCACCUCAUAACACACCAGAGGAACCACACGGGAGAAAAGCCUUUUACCUGUUCCGAGUGUGGGAAAAGCUUCAACCAGAGCCAGCACCUUAUUACGCACCAAAGGAAUCACACGGGAGAGAAACCCUUUGAGUGCUCACAGUGCAGCAAAAGCUUUUGUGACAAAUCCACCCUGAUUAGACAUCAGAGGAGUCAUAUAGGAAAGAAACCCUUUAAAUGUGCCAAGUGUGAAGAAAGCUUCUAUCGGAGCAAACAUCUUAUCAGACAUCAGAGGAUCCACCUCCAACCUCCAGUGGUCUGAUUUCAUUUCUAAGUGUAUAUGUAUAACUAAUGCUUGUCAUUUUGCCUUUCACUGUCCAUGAAUCAUUUUAUGAACUGAAAUGGUGGUCAUACGGGGGAGAUAUUCUGCCACAACUCCCAGUAUGUAUAAUUUCCAACUGCCAACACAAUACGGAGAAAGCUUAGCAGUUUGUUAGUUUGUACCCUAGGAACAUAGGAAGCUGUCUCAUACUGAAUUAGACAGUUGGUCCAUCUUGCUCAGUAUUGCCUACACCAAGGGUUCCCAACCAGUGUUCCCUCUAAGGCCUGCGCACGUGCCUGUGCUCACAAGUUUUUGGAUGUCUGCCCAGUUAAUUUUAGACCCCGCUCAGGUUGAAUCAGGAAGGCCCCAUUCUGAAUGCAUGUGCGCACACACUGCCUUGAUCCUGCCGCCCAGAACAAAACCCAUUCCGCACACAGAUGAAAAAAGUUAGAGAGAACAUUAUUCCCAACUGGUGGCACUCCAGAUAUUGCUGAACAACAACUCCCAUAAUCCCAGCCACAAUAAAUUGUAGCUGCAGCUGACUGGAGUUGUAGUUUAGCAACAUCUGCCGUACCACUGGUUGAGAACUCCUGGCCUGCAGUGACUGUUAGCAGCUCUCUAAGGUUGUAGGCAGGAGUCUUUCCCAGCCCUACCUGGAGAUGCUGCCAAGGACUGAACCUGGGACCUUCUGCAUCCAAAGGAGUUGCUCUUCUACUGAGCUAUGGCCUCAUCUCGUCUUUCUUCCCACAAGGUCAUUCGAGGCGGCUUACAUUAAAUUAAAAUCACACUCUUACAAAAGCAGACAUCCUAACAAAAACACAGCAGAAUAAAGCUACAUCCCAGGAAGGCCAUUUUGAAAGGUCUGAAAAGCUCCCUGAACCAAUAGUGGGUUGUAUCUAAGGUUUUGCUUCUAACGGGAGCCCUUGCAAGAGCACAAUUCUCGUUCUGUGCACAGGGUGAAAACUUUGGAUGCAAUCCAUAGCCUCCACUAGCCUUCUGAAGGUGAGCAGUGGAGGGGACCUGGGGUAGCCCUUUCAUGAGACAAGCGAAGGCAUUGGUCCUUGGUGGCAUAUGAUUGGAACGGCGGCAGCAGCAAGAUGCUCCCCCACCCUCACCCACAGAGCAGCUCUUUGGGUCUUCAACCUGACCCUUGCAGACUUGGCCAGGAGCACCUCUCCUCACAGCUCUUGCAAGCUUUCAAGAAGCAUGAGGAGAGAAGAAGAGGCUGCUAGCAAACUUCAUUCCUCCCUCCCUCCUUCCUCCCCCUGCACUUUCAAAGCUGACAAAGGUUGGUUUGGAAAGGGACUUGGCCCCCACCAAGAGAUGAGGCAAGGCAGCAUUUUGAGCCCUGCCUCGGGCAAUGCAGUAACUUGGACUCCUCCUGGGAUACCGUGUGUCCCUUCCUAUGGUGGCCAUUUCGUAGCUCAGGUACUGUCCCCCAAAAGGCCCUAUCCCUUAUAUAUACCCUUCUGUAGGGGAGUGGAGGUCAUGCCCAGGUUCAUGGUACAGAGAGGGGAAUUUUGUGAUCCCCUAGUCUAAAUUUUGGCCAGGAGAGCUGCAAGCAUGACUUGCCCCCUUAGCUAAGCAGGGUCUGCCCUGGUUGCAUAUGAAUGGGAGACUAGAAGUGUGAGCACUGUAAGAUAGGAGCCCCUGGUGGCGCAGUGGUAAAACUGCCGCCCUGUAACCAGAAGGUUACAAGUUCGAUCCUGACCAGGGGCUCAAGGUUGACUCAGCCUUCCAUCCUUCCGAGGUCGGUAAAAUGAGUACCCAGAAUGUUGGGGGCAAUAUGCUAAAUCAUUGUAAACCGCUUAGAGAGCUCCGGCUAUAGAGCGGUAUAUAAAUGUAAGUGCUAUUGCUAUUGCUAUUGCUAUAUUCCCCUCGGGGGAUGAAGCCGCUCCAGGAAGAGCAGAAGGUUCCAAGUUCCCUCCCUGGCUUCUCCAAGAUAGGGCUGAGAGAGAUUCCUGCCUGCAACCUUGGAGAAACCGCUGCCAGUCUGUGAAGACAAUACUGAGCUAGAUAGACCAAUGGUCUAACUCAGUACAUGGCAGCUUCCUAUGUUCCUAUGAGCCCUGUAACAAACUGGUAGCCAGUGAAUACAAACAAUAUUUAUGUACCACUUUUCAACCAAAGUUCCCAGAGUGGCUUGCAUAGAUAUAAAUAAAGUGAAGCUGAUAUAGGAUUGGCAUUAUACUAUCCACUCUCUGCACUCUAGACAAAACCCUGGUGGAUGAGCUCUGAACUAAUUACACAGCACCACUAACUCUAGCCCCGACAUAUACAUAACCACACACACUGGCUGACAUCCAGACAAAUGUUGUGCUAGUGCAAACAUGUUCACUAAUGCAAGGCUACUUCAUUUGCUGGUUCUGCUAAUUCGGGAGCUGGCAUUCCAGACUAGCAUUGCACUGGUGCAACGGCACGCCUUCCGCUCUGAAAUCUUUUCCUCGGUCCAUAAGUUUUUCAGGGUAUGAUGCAAAAGUGAGCCCCUGUCCUUGCUGUGCAUGCGACUUCAAAUGCAAGAGACUGUGCAGUUUUAAGCAUCCACUCAGCUAUGCAAUAUUCUUUCAUGAGUGCACUUUUCUUUGUUGCAGCAUUAGCACAGCAUUAGUCUGGAUCUUAGCCACUGAAUUCACUUGUCCUGUAUUCACCACAUUUGCAUUGGACUACCCAGCUCACCUCAACUCGAGUUGCAUAUCACAGUGAAGAUUCAAGCCUGACCUACAUAUGCAGCAGGUGAUAGAUUGGAGAGCAUUACUCCUGAGCCCCAUUCACAUGUUAUGUUUAACACUCAUACAGCAAGUGUACACAGGUAUAGUGAUUCACAUGCUAUGUUGAACGCAGGUACAACAGUACACUUUCUAUCUUUACCACACAUUUGAAAGGCCUGUUACCAGGUUCACUUAAAAUGAACCCAGAUAAGGUCAUUCACACAAAAACAUGUAUGAGUGUACAAAUAUCUGAACACUCGUACAAAAUAAUGUCUGAAUGGAGCUCUGAAGGCGGCCAAUCCAUGUGAAAACUCUGCAGCAAAUCAGGAAGAAAGGUUCACUUUCUUCUGGACUGGUUGUUAUGGAGGAUAUUUUUCUUUCAUAUCGAAGCAUUAAAAAAAAUGAUAGCCCCUCUAAAGGGCUGAAUGUGUUAUAUGAUAUAUCUGUCAUAACAGCAGUCAGCACCUCAGCAGAGAGUGAAGCAAGCCACAUAUGCAGCAGAAUAGUGUUUUGGUGUUUCUUCCUCACACACAUUAGCAAUCCUCAGAAGGUGAGGAGGAAGGGGUGUGUGUAUAUAUUUUGGUUGCCCACUAAUUAAAAGGGUUUCCCAUCCCCCUCCACUGAUUAAUCAGUUAAAAACUUUAUGAACAAUCUGAUUAAAUUCAAAUAUGUCUGCAUAUUACCACAACUGCAGCACAGGCGGCUUUAUGUGGCUAUUGAAGGAAGCAUGAGAGAGCUUACAAUUAAUUAAAAUACCCUCCUAUUUUAUUUUUAGAAGUAAAAGCUAUCUGAAAGAACUUCACUCUAUUACAGUAAUACAUUGGGACCAGAAUAGCUUCAGAAAGUAUGUCCUUUAAAUCUCUACUGAAAUUUGUUUCCAGUUAAAUAAUUUAAAGUUUGCAGUUCCUUAAAGAAAGAGAGGGGAGGAUUGAUAGAUGAGUUUCCUCUGUUCAACAAAAUGUGGUACCUAUAAUGUGGUGUUUGGGCACAGUUAAUUAACUAUGCACUUCCCCCCAUAUAUCAAGUACAGCACAGCAUUCUCCCUACCCUUGGAGUAGGGGAAACCCUGAUGUAGGGCUGUGUUAGGAGUCCUGGUAGGAGUUGUAUAUAUACCUGUUUAAUAAACCUCUUAACACCGUG